UAAUUUUAUAUAGCCUAAUCAUUAAAAAUAAGAAUAAAAUUUAAAAAUAUUAAAAGGAGAAAAAUAAAAAGUAAAUCAAUGAAAGACCAAAAAAUUUAAAUCUUCUCUUUGUUUCGAAAUUAACAUAUAGAUAUAGAGAUACAAGAAGAUAUAGAGACACAAGAAAUAACCGAUUUGUUUUAUUUUUCUUUUCAAUUAUUAUUCUUUUAGAAUUUUGGAAGGAAGAAUGUUCAACGUUGAUGGGAGUUGUUGGAUUAUACAAGAACCAUAAAGAAAAGCACAAGGCAUGUGUGUAAGACCAAUUUGAUUGCUAUAAAAACCCCACUUCCCUAUUUCCCUGAAUUAAAGCUUCACAGUCAUGGGGAAGAAUAAGACUUACUUAAUUCUUUGCAUGAAGAUAAUAUUGUUGUAUAGUUUCUUUGUAAGCAUAGCCGAUGGAGUAACAAACAUCGCCAGUGAUCAAGAUGCUCUUCUUGCCCUGAAAGUUCGUAUCAUUCGUGACCCUAAUAACCUAUUGGCAGCCAACUGGUCCAUUACUACCUCUGUAUGCACCUGGGUAGGGGUUACUUGCGGAGCUCGCCAUGGUAGAGUUACGGCUUUAGAUCUUUCUGACAUGGGCCUAACAGGGACAAUUCCUCCUCAUCUUGGGAACUUGUCAUUCCUUGCAUUCAUCUCUUUCUACAACAACAGGUUCCAUGGCUCUCUGCCCGAUGAGCUCUCCAAGUUACGCCGGAUAAAAGCCUUCGGCAUGUCAACUAACUAUUUCAGUGGUGAGAUCCCAUCAUGGAUAGGGUCCUUCACUCAACUUCAACGAUUGAGUCUGAGCUCUAACAAGUUUACAGGUGUUUUUCCAACAUCGAUAUUCAAUCUCUCAGAACUCAAUCUUUUAUCUUUGUCUUCUAAUAAACUUCAAGGCUAUAUUCCAGCAGCCAUUGGAAAUCUCUAUAGCCUGAGAAUACUGAAUUUGAGUCAUAAUCAUUUUUCAGGUUCCAUACCCUCUAGUAUCUUCAAUAUUUCUUCACUCCAAGUGAUUAAUUUCAGCCAUAACGAGCUUUCAGGUUUGUUGCCAGCCAUCUUAGCCAACAACACCAUAUCUUCACUUUGGCUACUCGAUUUUGGGACCAAUAAUCUAACGGGUCGCCUCCCACCAAAUAUCUUCACCCAUCUUGCUAAUUUGAGAGCUUUGUAUUUAAAUUCCAACCUAUUUAAUGGUCCAAUUCCUUCCACUUUGAUGGCAUGCCAGCAAUUAAAACUUUUAGCUUUGUCAUUCAAUCAUUUUGAAGGAAGCAUACACAAGGAUAUUGGGAAUUUGACCAUGCUUCAGGAAUUAUAUCUUGGUGGUAACAACUUCAGUGGCACUGAAAUUCCGAAAUCUAUGGGAAAUCUUUUGUACAUGGAGACACUGAGUCUACCGAGCUGUGGUUUAAUUGGCCCAAUACCUUCGAGUAUAGGAAACCUGACUCGGCUAAAGACUCUUGAACUCCGCGAAAAUGGCUUAACAGGUACCAUUCCAGAUGAGAUCGGUGACCUUGCUCACCUAGAAGAAAUUAUUCUUAACGUUAACGGUCUUUCUGGACUCGUUCCUUCUGGAAUCUAUAAUGCUUCAAAGAUGACCGCGAUAGGAUUAGCUCUUAAUCAACUAUCAGGCUAUCUUCCUUCGAGCUCAAAUCUUCCAAAUCUUGAAUUCUUUAUCAUUGAAGAUAAUAACUUCACCGGUCCGAUUCCUGUUUCUCUCUUUAAUGCUUCCAAACUUGGUAACAUAGACUUGGGCUGGAAUUCAUUCUACGGCCCUAUUCCUGACGAGCUUGGUAAUUUAAAAAGUCUAGAGGUUUUCACUUUCUGGGUAAAUCACCUGACCGUCAAAUCUUCGUCUUCAGGAUUGAGCUUGUUCUCUUCUUUGACAAAGUGCAAACAUUUGAGACGAUUUGAUCUGAGUAACAAUCCAUUAAAUGGCAAUCUUCCAAUUUCUGUUGGAAAUCUAUCUUCCUCUCUCGAAGUGGUCGAGAUUUUUGAUUGUGGAAUUACAGGCGCCAUUCCUAAAGAAAUUGGCAACUUAAGCAGCUUAAGUUGGUUAGAUUUAGGUGCAAAUGACUUGAGGGGAACCAUUCCUACCACAAUAAGAAAAUUAGGGAAGCUCCAAGAAUUAAAACUUCACUAUAAUAGAUUAGAAGGGUCUUUUCCCUACGAAUUAUGUGAUUUGCAGAGUUUGGCUUAUUUAUAUUUAGAGGUAAAUGCGCUUUCUGGACAAAUCCCAUCAUGCCUAGGCAAUGCGAAUUCUCUAAGGACUCUCUCCAUGGGAAUGAAUAAAUUUAGUUCCACAAUACCUUCAACUUUGUGGAGACUUGCAGAUAUCCUGGAACUAAACUUAUCAUCCAAUUCUUUAAGUGGCUCUCUCGCAGUAGAUAUUGGCAAUUUGAAAGCUGUGACACUAAUUGAUUUAUCAGGAAAUCAAUUAUCAGGUCACAUCCCAUCUAGCAUAGGAGGCCUUAAGACUCUAUUAAACCUUUCUUUAGCUGUUAAUAUUGGAAGGCUCUAUCCCUCAAUCAUUUGGUGAUGCA